GGUCCCUCUGCAGCACUGCAGGUGUAUAUAGCACGACCGGAUGAUGAAUAUAUAUUUUUUAAUUAUACACUCCUGGCUGGUAUUAUUUCGAGUACGUGUGUUUUUUUGCACAGGUGUUUGUUUUGCGACGCAGUCCAAACAAAUCAGAAUUCGGUUCCUUGUUAUUGUUUCGCUAAAACGAAAUAUCAUAACUUCUCAUUGGAGUUAUGGACUUUUAACAAUUUACUUAUACUCUGUUUCUCUCUCCCCGCUGUCAGUACCGGACGACGCGCAACGACUGCUGUAAUGCUGUGAUACAAUUGUCUCUCGAAAAAUGUCGAAGAGCCGCUACUUGGAUGUGAUAACAUGCCGUUUAAUGAUCAUCGUCGCAUUGAUCGGAACGUACGACAACAACUGCAACUACUGCCGGGCGGAUCAAUCAGUGACUGUCACGAACUACCCACCGUACUUACAUCAAGACCACUACUUCCGGUCGGACGGACUUCAGGGAGGCAGCAGCUUCGCAAUCCAGGUCGCCGACGACGGAAACCGGACGGACGUGCAACGAUUACUGGAGCGGACUUCGAACAUAGUGUCCAAGUUCCUGCCGUUCGUCACUUCGGCCGAUGUGCACACGCAAUGCUACAAGCACACCGCCGCGUAUCUCACUCAACUAGACGACUUUCAACUUUGGGCGACAAAAAUGUUUGACGCAUCUGCUAAAUUUAUACCGACUGGUUGGUUUGACGGAUCUACAUACAAUCUUGGGAACUUUGACGAAUGCGUCGAUGUCGAAGUAUUUGAACGCGAUGAUUAUAUCCAAGGACAAUACUGUCUAGUAGAAAUCGAAAUAAAUCCCAUAGCUCAUUCCAAAUUUAGAUCACGUAAACACGUUUUUAAUGAAUCCUCGUGGGAUACACUGCAGGAAUUGGCAUUCGACCCGAACAAAAGUAUGCGGAACAGAAUUUACAUAGCGUACUGUGUACCACACACAUGUAACAGCGGAGACGUGUCGAAACACAUGGAAAGCAUCCUGCGGGAUAUCCCUCAGAAAAAAAUAACGACCAAUGUUGGGACCGUCAAGUGUCAGAAGAAUACUGCAUUACCGUGGACCUGGGGAGAUUAUACAUUUUUGUCAAUAAUUGGAUUCUCUUUAAUUUCUAUUGGCAUGAGUACCUUCUAUGACUUGUUUACUUCAAUGUCUUCAUUCGAGCAUUUUCAGUUUUCGGAAAAAUCGAAAAAACAUCUCAUACUUCAGUCAUUUUCACUAUCGAAAAACGUUCGCAAGUUGCUUACCUUCCCGAAGACAUCAGACAACCUAGAAUGCAUUCAUGGACUAAAAUUUAUAUCGAUGUGUUUCAUUAUUGUUGGGCAUCGCUUUAUGUUUUCCUUAGGCUCGCCAAUAAUGAACACCAAUUUUAUAGAAUACUUUUAUAGCAAACUUGAAGCCAUGAUCAUACUUAACGGACCCAUACUAGUGGAUACAUUUUUCAUAAUAAGUGGCUUCCUUGCAUGUUACUUACUAUUGGAGCACAUCCAAAAGAACCCAAAAGCUUUUCAAAUACCACUUUUUUACAUACACCGUUACGUAAGGUUGACACCAGUUUACGCGAUAGUAAUUGGAUUUUACUGUACGAUUUUUAUAAGAAUAGGAUCAGGACCUCUGUGGAACGAGAAAGUGGGCUCGGAAGUGGAAAGGUGCCACGAGAGCUGGUGGACCAACAUACUGUACAUAAAUAACUACAUUGAACCUCAAAAAUUGUGUAUGAUACAGUCUUGGUACAUCGCAUGCGACACGCACUUGUUCUUGACAGCCCCGAUCAUCGUCAGUCUAUUGUACCACAAACCGAAAAUCGGGAACUCUGUGCUGGCACUCAUAUUGGCCGGGUCGAUUUUCACUACUUUCUUCGUCACGUAUUCGGGCAAACUGGACGCCUUCCUGUUAGUACACAUCAAGACACUACGAAAUCCCAUCGACAACAAAACAUUCCGCAGCCUCUAUAUACCGACGCACACGAGAGCCACUCCAUACUACGUCGGCAUGCUGACGGGCUUGGUACGGCACAAGAUGAAAAACACUUCCUGCAAAAUCAAUAAAUACGUGGUAUGGUCGAGUUGGAUCGUUUCGAUAGUCCUCAUAUUCGGUACGUUGUUCUCGGCCUGGUGGUUCUACAAGCCAAACUACAAGUACGACGCUUUCGUUGCCGCUCUGUACGGCGCACUGUACCGCAUCACGUGGGCCGCGGGUGUUAGUUGGACAAUCAUCGCAGUAUCCACCGGUAACGGAGGUUUUAUCGAACCCAUCCUGUGCUGGAAACCGGUAAUAACACUAAGCCGGUUGACGUACUGCGCAUUCUUGUGCCACGGUGGACUGCAGUUGUAUACAGUCGGCUCCAUUCGGACACCGUUUCACGCGUCCGUCUAUAACCUGGUGUGGUUGUCACUUGGAGACAUUACACUAGCGUUCCUGGCAGCUUUCUGUUUGACAUUACUCUACGAAUCACCCAUAAUCGGUUUGGAAAAAAUUUUCUUCAAUCCAGGUAAUAAAUCAUGUUAUGUUAACGACAUAAGGACUAAGAUAAGCAAUCUAAAAACAAAACCAGAAAAAUUUCAACAAAUCACAACUCCAUAGUCCAGUUAUAAUAAUAUUUAAGAUUUUAACUCGUGUCUGUACAUCCUCAGUUCCUCCACGUUUUCAUUUCAUAUUGUCUUAUUGUACCAACUUUUGCUAUAUAUUUUUUAACCAUUCAUAAAACUAUGAUUUAGUGUAAAAAAUAGAAUUAAUACUAUGCAUAUUAUAAAAUUAAUAUAAUGUAUAUAAUGUAUAAAUAAGUUUAUUUGAAUUGAUAAUUUUACUUAAUUGUAAGAAAUGUUUACCUACACUCAUAAAAUAAAUACUUGUAAUUAAAUAUACGCAUAAAUAAUUAAGCACAGUUAUAAUAAUGUUAUGUGUGAGAUAGGAGGUAAGAACACUUAGCUUGGAAUUAUACAAUUAAAAAAAAAAUAUUGUGCAAUAUAAAAAUCACUUGAAUAGAAAUAUAUUUUUUUUUAUUAGUCCAUAGUCCAUACCUACUACAUUUAAUAUUUUUUGAGAGACAUUAAUUUAUACAUUAUCAAAGUAUAUGUAAUAUGUUUAAUUAUCCAUAUUAUAAGUUUAUCUCAGCAACAGAAUUUUUUGUUAAUCACAUUCUAAUUCCAUCACAUAAAAAAAUUGUCACUUAAAUGUGUAGUCAGCAAGGUUUAGCAUGUUUAGUCUGAACAGUCAAAAUUUAUUUUACUAAAUAAUUUAAAUGGGGAAAAAUGUACAUUAAUGACCUAGAUCAGAGGUAUUCAAACUUCUUCAUCUCACAGCUCAGUGUCUGCACAAAAUGUUGAUGGCUUCCAAAUUAUAAACGACAAAAAUCAAUGUUUAUAAUUUUAUAAUAUGUACUUAUGUAAAUUAUAUUUUAUAUAAUUUAUUUGUCAUAUUAUGAUGUAAUAAAAAAAAUUAUAA